AUGUAGGGAUCAUUGUCAGAAGUUAUUACAGUUCUCAAUAUCAUAUUCUAUUCACAUUUAUUAUUGAUAACUAGAUCCAAUAAAUAAACAGCUUUACUAUCCAUCAUAUCUUAAUAAAAUUGCUCAAUAACUCUUUAAAAGUUAAACUACACUGGAAAUCAUCUUAAUGAAUAUUUUCAGGACUAAACAAGAAUAUCAGCAACUACGGCGUUCAUCUCAUUAUAUUAGGGAUAUGUUUAGAUAUCAGACUCGGAUUUCCUAUAAAAUAUUGUUACUAAUUCAAGCAAUUCUAUUUUAUAUAUCAAAUCUACUAAAGUGAAAAUAAAUUCAUGUAGAUUUUCAAAUAGCAAUGACAUGAUUUAUGAUUCACUAAGUCGUCACCUCUUGCAUCAUGAAUAUUAAGAUUUAAGUAAUAUCAAUUUGGCCAAUAUUUUCCCUAUUAAGUCUUUAAGUGGAAAUGGAAUGAUUAUUACCCAAUCGUUAAUUUUUGAUAAGUUAGUUAUAAAUCGAUCCUACGCUACAACUGGAGGAGCUUUCCAUAUUGUUACUCAAGGGAAAAGUUAAAUAGUAAUUGUAAAUUCAUCCUUUUAAAAUACAUUCAGUUUAUCAGAUACUUCAACAUUUUCGGUAGGUGGAUGUUUACAUAUCGAUGGUUCUGAAUCACAAUUAAAGAUUGUCAUAAAGAAUACGACAAUACAAGAAUCCUUUAGCAGACAUGAUGGAGGAGCAAUUUACAUUUUGCCUUCCAAGAGCUAUAAUUCGAUCGAAUUGGAAAAUUUAAUAGUAUUGGAUUGCUUUUCUUUGUAAAACUCCUUCUUCUCAUAUGACCCUCCAAAUACAGGAUCGUUGAAUACUCAAAUAAUGUUUAGAAAUAUAAACUUCUAUUCAACAAAACAGGGUUUUGACAAUUUUAUUCAAUCCAUAAAUAAGUUCACAGAAAAUGAGGCUUUUUAAGUUGCUUAUUCUAAUCCUUUAAUAUAUAUUCACGAUGGGUUUAUAAAUAUAAUAAAUUGUAGCUUCAUAUCAUCUCAUUUUCAAUAUUUAAUCUAAAUCAAACAGGCUUAUAAUAUCAAUUUAUAAAACAUAACAAUUUAAAAUAGCACAUAUUUGUAAUCUCCUCUAAUUGAUUUGAACUUAAAAGAAUAAUUGAAUGGCUAAAUUGUAAUAAACAACCUUAAGAUCUUAAAUGUAUAGGAAUCUGAUAAAUCCAUAGGAGGGGAGUGCUAAAAUGUGGAAUUAAGUGCAAGUUCUGAAUUAGAAUGUCCUUUAUCAUUAACUUAAAUAUCCUGGUCAUAUUAACCAACUGAUGAUACCUAAAAAAAGCAGUAAUUAUUAAUUUGCAAUUUAUUAUCGAUCUUAAAAUAUCAACCAAUUAAUUUAGGUUUAGUAACUAUUAAGUCAAUCGACUAAACUCAUAAACUUAUUUUUUAAAAUAUUAUAUUGUAGAAUGUGAUUUGUAAAAAUUGCUAAUAUGGAAUUUUUCAAAUUUUUGAUAUUAAACAACAAAGAUCAAAUUAAAUAGCAUUUUCAUCAAUAAAAAUUAAAAAUUGCUAAUGUGGUUAAGCAGGAUGCUUGUCAAUCAUGAAAAAUCCUAGUGAUUUAACCUUUCAAAAUGAAUUAUUCUCAAAUAAUCGAUUGUUAUAACAUAAUAAACUUGAAUUAAUUGAGUUCUAAUUAAAUGAUUAAGCUAUUAUUUCAGGCGGAGUAUUUUAAAAUAAUUCUGCCUAAAACGGGGGAUCAUUAUUUAUUUAGGAAAUUAACAUCUUGAUUCAAAAUAGUUUAUUCUACAAUAACUCUGCAGAUUUUGGAGGAGCCAUUUAUUAUUUUUCUGAAUAGGCAUAAUUAGAUUUUUAUCGAAGUCAAUUCAUAAAUAAUACAGCUUAAAUAGCAGGCGCAGUUUACUUUAAGAAUCAAUCCCUUCAAUUAAUAAAUGAAUUUGAGAUUGAAUUUUCAGACAACAAUUCAACUUAGUUUGGUAACAAUGUAUUUGAAAAGGCACGGUCGUUGUCAAUAUCAAUUGAUGGUGGCAAAACCAUCUUAAAUAAAGAAUUGGUGAAAAAAACCUCAGAGGAAAUAAUCGAAUAAAUAACAGUCGCUCCUUAUAAAAUUUUAGGAUAAUCAUCCUUAGUUAAUUAUUUAACCCUUCCUUCAGGGCGAAGUAUUUCAUCAUAUCAAUACUUUGAUGAAUAUACGAACACUUUUAUUCCUUAUAAUUUAACUUUUAGAAUUAUUGCAUUGGAUAAAUUCAACAAAUAAAAUAAGGGUCUGUAUGAUUCAAGUUGCACUCUAAAACCAAUAACAUUUAAUGUAACUUCAUAAUAAGAAAUUAAAGAAGUUGCUUUUAGUUUGUCUAAAUAUCAUUUUUUCUUUGAUAAUUCCACUGGUGAUUUUAAUUUAGAUGAUAUAAUUAUCUAUUGGAAUCCCAAUUAUGAUAUGGAUUUAGUGUUAAGGAUUUCUAUUCAAUGUCAUCAUAUAUCAGUUCCGUUGUAUUUUGAAGAACCACCUUAUCUAAUUUAGGGUUACAAUACUAACUAUAAGUUGCUAGUAGAUAUUAGAACAUUCUAAUGUUAGAUUGGGGAGUUUUUAAAUAAAACAACAGGAGGCUGCAUACUUUGUGAUAAAUUCCAAAACUAAUAUUAAGUCACAAGAAAUGCCUAAAAUUGCAGUUUUAAGGAUGAUAUGAAAAUCAGACUGAUAGAGUCUUCAAUGAUUGAAUUGAGACCAACAUAUUGGAGGGCAUAUAACCAUAGUUAAGCUAUAGAAUAUUGCUACCACAUGCCAAAAAAUUGCUAAGGAGGAUGGAACCCAGGAGAUAAAUCCUGUUUAAUAGGACAUAUUGGUGCUCUGUGCGAAUAAUGUGAUCUUUAUGAUAGUAGAGGAUAAGGUUCGUUUUAUUUAAGUUCAGCAUAUUCAUGUUUAAAUUGUAAAGUAACUGUUUACAAUAUUCUUUAUAUCAUUUUUGUGAUCUUUUGGACAUUACUGUCUACUUUAAUUUCUGUUACUAGCACCACAGAAAUGAUUUAGGAAUUUAUAGCAGGAUUAAGAUUACGAUUGUUUGGAGUUAAGUUCCCAAUCAAGCAAAUAUCUUCUGCAAUCCUAAUUAAAGUUCUUACUAAUUACUUAUAAAUCAUAUCUACUCUCCUUAAAUUUUAACUAGAAUUACCAACAGAGUUAUCGGUAAUUAUUAGUAGCUGCUCCAGUCCAAUUGAAUCAAUGGCCUUUUCACUUGACUGUUACUUAGUUUAAUUUGCAGAUGUAUUGAUCAUAUAUUUCAGAAUAAUCUGGAGCUUUAUCAUGGCUUUCUCUUAUGUAAUUUUAUUUAUAGGAUUUGGAGGGUUAGCAAUUGCAGUUCGGCUAAUCAAUCAUAACUUCUCAUUUUUUACGAUUUCACUUAUAUAUUUGUUCAUUUUUCUACAACCUAGUUUGAUUGGAUAGCUUAUAUCAUUGUUAUCAUAUAGAUAAAUAUCUGAUGAGUUAUGGAUUUCAAGUAAUGUGGCUUAUAGAUAUGAUACAUCCACUCAUCUCAACUGGAUUAUUGCAUUUGAUAUUCCACUGUUAAUUAUUUUAUGUAUUACAAUCCCAACAAUACUUUGGUAUGGAGUUUACAAAAAUAGACAUAACCUCGACAAGACCAUUACUCGAAAGACAUGGGGAUACUUAUACCAUGAGUAUACUAAAAAUGCAUAUUAUUGGGAAACAGUCAAAAUAUUUAAAAAGGAGAUGAUAAUCUUGGUUCGCAUUUAUUAUGAUGAUUUCAUUACAAUCAAAGCCUCCUUAAUUUUUUUGUUGCUUUUUUCUUACAGUCAUUAUGCAAAAUAAAUAAAUCCUUACAUGACUAAAUAAUUGAAUUAUUUAGAUUAAUAAUCGAUCAUUAUAUGUGCCAUUUCAAUAGUUUUAGCUUGCUCAAUUCAUUCAGCGCAAGACCAAAACCUUAAUGAAAUUAUCUGGCCUUUCUAUGUCGUAAUUGGAAGUCUCAAUAGCUUUUAUAUACUUAAACUUGUUAUUUCAAUACUAUUAGCAUAUUUAACAAGGAUUUUUGAUAAAAUAGAUAGUGUGAAAUUAAAAAUAUUCAGAUUCUCCUGUUAAAUUUCGUACUCAUCCUUAAAUUUAGAAAAUAUUAGAAACUCGUUAAAAUUAACUAAGCAGAAUCCAAAAAAGAUUUAGAAUCCUAAAAGAAUACUUAUUAGCUGUGUCAAGAGACAAUUUAAAAGUGAGAAAGUCGAAAUAAGAAUAAUAUAAUCAAAGAGAAAGCAGCCAAUAACUUCAUAAAAUGAUUUUAUAGUACUCCUUAAAAGGUAAUUUAAAGUUUUCUGA